AUGGAGAUAGCGGACAAAAUCUGUCUGAUAACCGGCGGAUUGGGCGGGAUCGGUACGGCGGUGAUUGAGCGAUUGCUACUGAAGCGCGCCAAAUUCGUCGCGAUACUAGAUUUAGCCGGCGAGGCGAACGAGAAGAAGUUCGACGAGCUGCUGAGUCGACACGGAUCGAAGGUCGGAUUUUACAAGUGCGACGUUACGAAUAAAGCUGAAUUCAUAGACAUCUUCGAUCGAGUCCUCGGCGAAUUCGGCGCCAUCGACGUCCUCGUCAAUAAUGCCGGGGUGGCCAACGAGAACACACCCGACCUCGUCAUGGAUACGAAUUACAAAGCGACCGUCAACGGCUGCCUCACGAUGAUCGACCGUAUGGGCAAGCACCGGGGGGGGCCGUGGCGGCUGCUGCUGCGUCAACACGGCUUCGAUCAUGGGCCUGGUCAACGGCUUGCUGCCCAUCUACUGCUCGACCAAGCACGCCGUGGUCAGUUUCACACGGACGAUGGACGACCUUCAGUGCAAGAACACGGGCGUCCGCGUGAUGGCCGUCUGUCCGGGCUUGACCGAGACCCCGAUGAUCGUCGACAUAAUGACCAAGAAGCUGUCCUACGUCGAUUUGAGCCCGAACGUCGACGUCGCCAGGAUGAUUACCCAACCGCCGGAGCACGUAGCCGAGGCAUUCGUCGCGGUGAUCGAGCGCGGCCGAAGCGGCGAGGUCUGGGUCUGCGAGGACAAUCUGCCGCCUUACUCGGUCCAAGAUUGUCCCGAUUACAAGACGCUCAAGCGAUCGGAAUGAAUACAUCUCUGUACAUGUUAUAUGAAAAAUAUGGAACGCGCGGCGCGCGCGCGCUUGAUACACAUAUUUUUUCGUUUGAGAGCGGCAAAGCAGUUUAUAGCAGUACGCGUGUACGCGCGUUACAUCAAAUUUCAGUACGAUACCGAGAGUCGCGAGGCGAACAAGACACGCACAAGAGGAGUAGCAGUAACAUGAUCAUCAAGGAUAAAGUAGCGAUCGUGACCGGCGGCACGGGUGGCAUCGGUUUCGCCACCGUCCAGGCCCUAUUGAGACACGGCGCCAAGUAUGUAGCGAUGCUAGACCUGGACAGUCGACACACGCACGCCUACGCCUGCGAGGCCGAGAUCGAGGAGGAGUUCGGCAAGGACAAGGCCCAUUACUACACGUGCGACGUCACGAUACAGAGCGAGUUCGCAGCGAGAUACGACGAGAUAGUGGGCAUGCAAAAAAACGUCGAUAUACUCGUGAAUUACGCAAGCAUAGCCAGCGAACCCCGAGCGCAACACAUGAUCGACAUCAACUUGACGGCGGUGAUUAACUGUUCGCUCGUCGGCAUCGAUCGCAUGGGCCAUCAUCACAAGGGUCACGGCGGGGCCAUCGUCAACGUCGCCUCGAUCUUCGGCCUGCGCACCUCGCCCGCCUUCCCGAUCUUCGCCGCCACCAAGUGGGGCGUCGUGGGCUUCACCAAGUCGAUGAGGGACCAUCACGAGCAUCUCGGGGUCCGGAUAAUGGCCAUGUGUCCGGGCCUCACGGAGACGAGUUUGUUGCACCGUGACAUCAAGGAGGAGACGCUGAACUUCAUCCCCGAGGCGACGCUGAACGAGGCGUUCCAGUGCUCGACGUACAUACAGCAGCCGGAGAACGUCGGAGCCGCCAUCGUGAAGAUGAUCGAGGAAGGCGAGGCUGGAGCCGUGUGGGUCAGCGAGGACAACGAGCCACCUUACGCGGUUAAGGACCCGGAGAGCUACAAGGAGCGAGGAGUCCCGGUGUGAAAUGAUAGAUAUUUGAGAGACGAUUUAUUGAGAUAUUAAAUUCUUUAUUUUUAUUUUGCUUUCCUUCCUCCUUCUUCUCUCUUAAAGAAUCUCAAAGUGUCUUUU